CACACUGAUCUGCAGCAGUUAACCACCACCAAUUCUUUCUCUUCUGCUUUGUACUGAUCUGAUCACUCUCUGUAUCUGAUCAGUUUUCAAUGGCCUCUUGUCUAGAGUUCUCCAUGGAGAGAAAGUCGGGAGAAGGAGAAUGCACUACACUUGAUGGAACAGUGGAUUUUCAUGGGAGACCGGCAAUUAGAGAAAGAAGUGGGCAAUGGGUUGCUGGAAUCGUUAUUCUUGUGAAUCAAGGUCUGGCUACUCUUGCUUUCUUUGGUGUUGGGGUGAACUUGGUGUUGUUCCUCACAAGAGUGUUACAACAAGACAACGCCGAAGCGGCUAACAAUGUAAGCAAGUGGACUGGAACCGUCUAUAUCUUUUCUCUCGUCGGGGCAUUUCUUAGUGAUUCUUAUUGGGGAAGAUACAAGACAUGUGUCAUCUUCCAAGCCAUCUUUGUCGCUGGUUUGGUGUUACUAUCGAUAGCAUCAAACAUGUUUCUCCUCAAACCUAAAGGAUGUGGAGGCCGAACUACGAAAUGUCAGCCUGAUGCUGGCUGGGAAGUUUGGUUCUUUUAUAUCGCGAUCUACAUGAUAGCUCUUGGGAACGGAGGUUACCAACCUAACAUCGCCACCUUUGGAGCCGAUCAGUUCGACGAAGAAGAUACUAAAGAGGGUGUUUCUAAAGUUGCCUUCUUUAGUUACUUCUAUCUUGCUUUAAACCUCGGAUCCCUUUUCUCAAACACAAUCCUAGGUUAUUUCGAGGAUGAAGGAUUGUGGGCUCUAGGGUUUUGGAGUUCAACCGCAUCUGCCUUUGCUGCUCUUGUCCUUUUCCUCGGUGGCACGUCAAGAUACAGGCACUUUAAGCCGAGCGGAAACCCGCUUUCUAGGGUUUGUCAAGUCAUUGUAUCCGCCUCGAAGAAAUGGAAGGUUCAGCUAUCGUCUGGCGAAGAGAACUUGUACGAUGCCGAUGACAAGGAUAGUUCGAUGAACACCGGACGUAAAAUGCUUCACACCGAUGGAUUCAAGUUCCUCGAUAGAGCUGCGUACAUCUCAUCAAGAGAUUCUGAGGAUCAAGAGAAGCGGAUUUGCAAUCGAUGGCGCCUAUGUCCGAUUUCACAAGUCGAAGAAGUAAAAUGCAUAUUAAGAUUGUUACCGAUAUGGCUAUGUACUAUACUGUACUCGGUUGUCUUCACCCAAAUGGCUUCCCUCUUCGUGGAACAAGGAGCCGCUAUGAAUUGCAAGAUCUCAAACUUCCAAAUCCCUCCAGCAAGCAUGUCAAGCUUCGACAUACUCAGCGUAGCUCUAUUCAUCUUCCUCUACCGACGCGUACUCGAUCCCAUAGUGAGCCGGAUCAAGAAGACAAGCUCGAAAGGUCUAACCGAGCUUCAACGAAUGGGAGUCGGUCUUGUCAUUGCCGUCUUAGCCAUGCUAGCAGCAGGGAUCGUGGAAUGCUACCGACUAAAGUACGCGAGAAAAGACUGCACACACUGCGAAGGAUCGAGUACUCUAAGCGUGUUUUGGCAGGUUCCUCAAUAUGCAUUGAUAGGAGCAUCUGAAGUGUUCAUGUAUGUGGGACAACUAGAGUUCUUCAAUGCUCAAGCCCCGGAUGGGUUAAAGAGCUUCGGGAGCGCACUCUGCAUGACCUCGAUUUCAUUGGGGAAUUACGUGAGCAGCUUGCUUGUGACCAUGGUUAUGAAGAUCUCGACUAAUGAUCAUAUGCCGGGGUGGAUUCCAGGGAAUCUUAAUAAGGGUCAUUUAGAUAGGUUUUAUUUUCUGUUGGCUGGAUUGACUGCAAUGGAUUUGAUGGUAUACAUUACAUGCGCGAGGUGGUAUAAGAACAUCAAAGUGGAAAGUACUAGUGGAAUUAAUGGUUAUCAGGUUGAAGAUGAAGAUCAUCAUGUUUGAAUUAAAUUAAUGUCAUCCAACUCAUUUUCUAUCUGUUUGUUCAAGGUAUAUUAUGAAUAAGGCUAAAAUGAUAGUUAGGUUUAACUUUUUCUUAUAUAUAUAUAUAUCAUGUGUAAUCUUCAAACUUCAAUAUUUUCUACCAAUUAUGGAGUAUUAAAGCAAUCUAUAAUGGAUGGACUUUGAG